AUGCCACCUGCCAUCUCUGACAUUGACUUCCUGUCAAAGUUGCCUCUUGCAAACCCAAGCAUGACUCAGUUCCCCGCUCCUAUCUGGCCGCAGAGUGACGUGCCCAACAAGCAGCAGAUAACAGAUGUAUCAGACAAGCUUGAGAAAUGGGGCGACGACAAUUACUGGGGAGAUGACUUGCGCAACAAGCAGAUUGUCAAGCUGGAGAGCAGGCUGGAGGAGGUUGCAAACGUAUUAGAGGCAUCAACGAGAAAGAGCGCCGGGUUGCAUGUGUUUGAAAUUCUGGGCAUCUUGGGGGUUGCCGGGUGCGUGGGCUGCGAUGUCAGGAGCUCGCCACUGCCACCAACGUCAUCAGAAGUGCCAGCAUUUGCGUCCAAGCUGCACUGCACACAUCAGGCACACGGCAAGGCAGAAGCUUCUGGCGAGCGGCCACAGCUGCUGCGGCGGCUGAUGGACAAUACAAGUCUCCCGCCACCGCCGCCGCCUUCGGACAGUCUAGAGCAGAUCAAUGCGCUUUCAGAAAAGCUCGAAAAAUGGGGAUUAGACAACUACUGGGGAGAUGACAAGCUGAUGAAGCGCCUAGACGCGGUGGAGAAGUUGAGCAAUGAAACAUCAGCCUUCCUUGAUCGCAUCGCGACUGAGGCCCGAGCACAUGACAGCCUGCCUCUUAGCAGCAACGGGCAAGUGAAGCCGGAAACUGUUGUGGUCACUGAGAGAUUAAGCGGCGCUGGAGCUGAUGUGCAGUCACUGAAUCUGGCAGAGGCGCUUGCAGCGCUCACAAUGUGCCAGAGCAACUUGGGCACUGUACUGCACCGAGAAGACACAAGCUCUGCUAGCACCAUCGACAUCGUUCAAAGCCAUGUGGCGUCCAAUGCUGAGGCAGCCGCAGCUUCCGAGGGAGAUUUGACAGAGAAGAAGAAAGCAAAGGUUGAGGAAGGACCUCCAGCCCAGGCCUUGGACAUGACAGCAGAUUUGAUCUAUGCAGAGGAUGGGUCACUGGGAGUGAAAUAG